AUGCACUCCGAAGAGGGUCUCUUUGUGAACCAUCCGAACUCACCUUCCUGGCUUUCCAAUAUGCCGCAGCACACCAAGGAUGUCUUCUGCGUCAAUAUGUUCUGCUUGGAUCAGGCCUACCAGACGCAAGCUUUGGAUUUCCUUCUGCCGGCAUUUUCUCUGUUCCCCGACAAGGACUACUGCAUCAUUACGCAGCCGCACACGGCGCCGAACUCUCCGCUUCUGAAUGCGUUUUCGAUCGUGCCCCCGCAGCCGCAGAACACCUUCGGCCAUGUGCUCUUCUUGAUCCAUCGAGCCGCACUGUUGGGGCCGCCUCAGGUGUCGCUUCUAAAGCCUCACCUUCUCGAGAGCGUGAAACCGCUUCUGGAGGUUUUUGAAGAGGAGACUCAGAAGGCAGCAACGAUCGUCAAGGUCGCACGUGAAAGCUGCGUAGCGGUUGAUACGCAGCGGGUAGACAUCCAGAGCUACCUGGUUUGGUUCUGUGAGCACAGAAAUAGUGAUCUGGAAGUCUUCGUGGCGGAGUUUGACGAGCAGGACGCUCAGGCUUCCACGGCGAGCCCGUUUUGUGCCCUGCGCUUUGAGAUGCCGGGAGUCAGGGUGACUGGUCCAGAACUUUGGAACAUGUGUUAUACUUUGUUUAAGAGCAUCCGGAUCAUGAUGUUCCAACUUUAUGGCCUCUGCUUUAGGUUGAGAUGUUGUUACCACUUGGACGACUACCUGCUGGUCGAACACCAUGAGAGCGGCAACAUGAACAAGGGCCAUGUGCGCUUGCUUCACUGGGUAUUGAACCCGCUGUUUCAGAACUACACCCGGCGGCUAUUACAGGGCGUGCUGCGGAUCUGCGGCAAGACAGCCCUUUUCGUCCAGAGCCGAGCCUGCCUUGUGGCACAAAGCACCGUUGCUUCUUUCUGCAACAUCGAGGAAGAGCUUCCCACCGAGGAAGACAUCCUUGAAAAGGAGCGGCAGGAGUUGCUCAGGGACUCGGAGCAGACAAAGGCUCUCUCCAUCGUCGCGAAGAAGCUGCCGGACGCCAAGCGGCUCAGUGAAACGAAAAUCCCAGUGAAUGCUCGCAUCGUUGUGGUGGGCGCGAGCGACUGCGGCUUGUCCUUCUUGGAGAGCUUGCUGAGCAUCCCUCACCUCCUCUUCAACUCCUUGACACUCCUUGCUCCUGGUGGCUUGGAGUAUCACCACGCUCAUCAUCUGCCUUUGGUGGCAGGCACGGCGGCGUACUCGCACCAAGAGCUGCGGCGCAUUAUGCUGGAGCUCAGGGUGCGUAUCUUGGACAGCCGGAUGGUCCAGAUCGACCGCCAGCAGAAAUGCUGCAUCCUCCACGAUGGAUCCAUGCUGCCCUACGACUACCUGGUGGUGGCCACAGGCUUGCAAGACGACUCGCUGCACGCUCUGAAGAUCCAGUCUAUGGGAGUGGAGCAUGUGACCGACGGCUACCGCCGGGUCAAUGGCGCGAUGUCGGCUGCAGACCCCUCUAUACGAGAUUUGCUUGUGGAGGGCGGCACGCUCGUCAAGUCAUUGAUCUGGAACCCACUCUCCUAUGCUGUGGUCUACGGGCGGUCCCUGAAUGCCUACUGCGUGGUGCAAGGGCUCCUCCUGCGACAGGUGCCGGCAAAGAAGAUUAUCCUGGUGCUACCGGCGCGGCUCCAGGCGCAGGCCACGGCCCAACAGGGGCUAUCUGUGGACGCCUUCUACGAGGGCGACGAGGUGGAGAAAAAGAUCCACCACAUCCUCGAAACCAUGGGCCUUAAGGUUUACGAAGGCUACCGCCUCCUGGGCAUCCAGCAGUGCACGAGAGACCGCCUGAAGGGCCUCAUUUUGGAGGAUCAGAACGGUGGGGAAGUCGCCCCUCGGCCGGCAGAAGAGCUGGCGGCCGCAGAGCGCGAGCGGGAGAAGAGGUUCCCCGCUCCCGAGGCCGCGCGGGCGCCCAUGGGCAUCAUGGAGGAUUUCGGGGCGAGUCCGGCCGGUCUCCCGCAGAAGCUUUUGGCCUGCCGGCUUUGCAUCACCGCCGACGCGCUCAACGUCGACCCCGAUAUUUUCAACUCGGUGCACGGAAACGGCCUCGUCUACGACGGGCGGCUGAUCGUGGACCACAACUUCUGCUCCACGGAUCCUGGCAUCUUCGGGGCCGGCUCCCUCUGCGAGUUCAGCCGCCGCUUCCAGCGGAAGGACGCCGCGCGAUACCUGAGACAUGAUGGCUUCAACGGGCGUGAGGAGAAUCCAGAUUUUCGAGGGAUCACAAGGGGUGGCCCCGUGGCUUUUGCCAUGUCCUCGGACAGCGAGACGGAGCUGAUGCCUACUUUGGCGGAUGCCUAUCGCCUCGCCUUGGAUCACCUUCAACUGCAGGGUCUUGAUGACCCUCCACCGGUUGAAGCUCGCUCGGCACAGUUGCUGGUACUCUUGGAUCUGAACGGAAUUCUGGUCCGAUGCCCUCCACUGCGAAAACGACUUAAGUGUCCAGACCAGCAGGUCGUCGAGAUCCGUCGCCCACCGGGCGACAAUGGUUUCAGUUCCUGGGCCUACACCCGUCCGAAAGAGGUCCGCAGGCUGGUCGAUUUUCUAUCCGAGCAACCCAUACUUUGGGGGAUUUACUCCACGAUGACUCGCUGGAAUGCAGAACAUGUUCUGCGCGGUGUGUUUCAGGAAGCUGGCGUUCCAAUUAGGGAAGCAUCGUCGAGGAGCCGCACUCUACCCAAGCAAAGUCUAGAGUAUGAACAUCCAGAUCAUCCAGCUGGCCACAACUGGUUUUGGUUCUUUACGCAGGAGGACCACCACGAGUAUGAUCCGAACAGCCCACCUUUUCCUGGACAUGCAGGGCUCUCAGCAAAGACACCCGGGGUGAAUUCGGGUCACGGUCAGUCGCUGCUGACCGCAGGGGUCAUAAACGAUGUCCAGGAAUACCUAGACGCUCGAGGGUUUGAGUCUAGAGUGUGCCCCAUUCUCGUAACUGCUGCACCGAAGAAAACCAAAUUGAUUCGGGGCCUCAACCUUCUCAUCGAAGACUACGAUGACCAGGCGGUCGAAGCCGGCAAGAAGACUGGGCUAAGGAGGGUCGAGACUGCUGUGCGCACGGCCCUCCGCGACCUGAAUGCCGUUGGGACUCUGCUGAUUGAGGCAAACACAGCUUUCCUCUUCAGAAGGAGGCUGUGUGGGCUCACGGUUCCACAGCACAUGAAGGAUGACAAGGUGGACUCCCAAAACCAUGACAACGAGAGCCCGGAUAUGUAUAAGACGAUCGACUUCAAGAUUAUUGACUUUCUGGAUCCCCUUUUAAGUGCAGGAGACGAUUGA